UCCCUCUUCUAUUGAAUCUCAGAGUUGGCCGUGACGCGCGGCCCAGGGGAAGACCACAUAGAUCUCAGCAGAAUGCUGCGACCAUCGAGCUUUCAUACCCGACCGCUUGUGUGUGGGAAUCCCUUUGCGCGCCUCGCUUUUUGAGAGAAACUUUCUGUUUUUCCUUUUCUUUUCUUUUUUCCCCCCUUUUCAACAUUUUUUUAAGAGACAAGGUGAAAGCGGUGAGAGCGGCGGAGACCUCCGGAUCACGAAAUGUUGGGAUGGAAGGCGCAGACUUUGACUCGCCGUCUCCAACAGGAGUAUGAAGUCCCACUUCACGGGUGUGAGGUCUCCACGAGUGAAACUCUGUCGCCUCGGGAUAUCGCUACACGCUUUCGGGGAAAUACUAUAAAGUGGGAAACGGUAACCACCUCGCAGUCCCCGCAACAUGGCCUCGGCUGCUAAUGCGCCCUUCGAGCAGGAAAACAGAGACCCCGAUCGGCCGAGGAUAACGCGGAGGAACAGGGGGGACUAUACCCGCGGCACACCGCUGGAUUUGGAGUAUUUGCAGCGGCCGAGUUACUGCGAUGCGGGCUUCGCUCUGGAGCAAAUAUCAGAGGGGAAGGCGACUGGGAGGAAAGCACCUCUGUGGCUGAGAGCGAAGUUCCAGAGAUUCUUAUUCAGGCUCGGCUGUUACAUACAAAAGAACUGUGGAAAGUUUUUAGUUGUGGGCCUUAUGAUUUUUGGAGCUUUUGCCGUGGGUUUAAGGGCAGCUAAUCUGGAAACGGACGUGGAGAAACUCUGGGUGGAAGUUGGUGGGCGUGUUAACCAGGAACUGAAGUACACACGACAAAAGAUGGGGGAAGAGGCCAUGUUUAACCCUCAGCUGAUGAUCCAGACACCGCGGGAGGAGGGAGCCAACAUACUAACGGUGGAGGCCCUUCUACAGCACCUGGAGUCUGCUCUCCGAGCCAGCAGAGUUCAUGUUUACCUUUAUAACAGACAAUGGAAAUUGGAACACUUAUGCUUCAAAUCAGGAGAACUAGUCACAGAAACACAUUUUAUGAAUCAGAUUAUAGAAAAGCUUCAUCCCUGCCUCAUCAUCACCCCUUUGGACUGUUUCUGGGAAGGAGCUAAACUCCACUCUGGAAUGGUCUAUCUCCCAGGUGAGAACCCUAUGCAAUGGACCAAUUUUGACCCCAGGGAGUUUCUUGAAAAGUUACGAAGAGCACACAUACAUGUGGAUAGCUUUGAGGACAUGUUGGAAAAAGCGGACGUUGGGCAUGGCUACAUGGAUAGGCCCUGUCUGAACCCUGCUGACCCUGACUGCCCUGAUACUGCACCCAAUAAGAACUCAACUAAGCCGUUCAACGUGGCACGGGCUUUGAGUGGUGGCUGCCACGGUCUGUCCAGGAAGUACAUGCACUGGCAAGAGGAACUCAUUGUAGGGGGCACCACAAAGAACGGCAGCGGACCCCUACUCAGUGCUCAGGCUUUACAGACCAUGUUCCAGUUGAUGACCCCCAAGCAGAUGUUUGAGCACUUUCGGGACUGGGAUGAGGUUUCCCACAUCAACUGGAAUGAAGAAAAGGCCGCAGCUAUACUGGAAGCCUGGCAGAGGAGAUACUCUGAGGCAGUGCUGCAUAGUGUGGCAACAAAUUCUUCCCAAAAGGUCUUGUCCUUUACCACCACUACUCUGGAGGAUAUUCUCAAGUCUUUUUCUGAUAUCAGUGUUAUCCGGGUGGCCAGUGGAUACCUGCUGAUGCUGGCAUAUGCGUGUCUGACCAUGCUGCGGUGGGACUGUGCCAAGUCCCAGGGUGCCGUGGGGCUGGCUGGAGUCCUUCUGGUGACGCUGUCUGUGGCGGCCGGUCUGGGCCUCUGUUCUCUCCUGGGAAUCUCCUUCAAUGCUGCCACCACGCAGGUUCUUCCCUUCCUGGCUCUGGGAGUUGGAGUGGAUGAUGUCUUCCUCCUCGCCCAUGCCUUCAGUGAGACUGGACAGAACAAGAGGAUACCGUUUGAGGACCGCACUGGGGAGUGUCUGAAGAGGACUGGGGCCAGCGUGGCUCUCACCUCCAUCAGCAACGUCACAGCCUUCUUCAUGGCAGCCCUCAUCCCCAUCCCAGCACUUCGAGCUUUUUCUUUGCAGGCCGCGGUGGUAGUUGUGUUUAACUUCGCCAUGGUGCUGCUCAUCUUUCCUGCCAUCCUCAGCAUGGAUCUCUACAGACGAGAAGAAAGGCGCUUUGACAUCUUCUGCUGCUUCUACAGCCCAUGUGCCAAUCGAGUGAUUCAAAUCGAGCCUCAGGCGUACUUGGACGGAGCAGAUGUGGGACACUACAGCCCUCCGCCGUCGUAUCGCACGUCUCCUCCUUCCUAUCACACGCCUCCACCGAGCUACAGCAGCCACAGCUUCGCCCAGCAAACCCAGAUCACCAUGCAGUCCACAGUGCAGCUCAGGACAGAAUACGACCCCCGCACGCAGGCUUUCUACACCACGGCCGAGCCCCGGUCGCAGAUCUCGGUGCAGCCGAUCAACCCGGUUCAGACGAGGGGCAACCACAGUGGUGACUACUACAACAACAACAACAACGUCAGCAGAAGCAGCAUGAACAGCCGAGGCAGCAACCUCGGCAACAACCACGGUGGGAGCAGAGGUAAUGGGGGCUCCUCAGGCUCUGUGGCCUUCACUCAUCACUGCCCAGCGCCCACAUCCGGCACCUGCACCGUUCCUCAGGGUGACUCAGCCUCUACGACCAGCCAUAGCCCAGAGAACAACAGCUCCACGCGGGACCUGCUGUCUCAGAUCGGAGAGGCCUCAAUGGGUCUGCACUGCCUCGAGCCCUCCUGCUCCCGCUGGACCUUGGCCUCUUUUGCUGAGAAGCACUAUGCGCCGUUCCUUCUGCGACCCACCACCAAGGUGGUCGUGAUUAUGCUAUUCCUGGGCCUGCUGGGAAUCAGUCUAUAUGGGACCACCCAGGUGCGUGACGGCCUGGAGCUGACGGACAUAGUGCCCAGAGAGACCAGCGAGUACGACUUCAUCGGUGCUCAGUUCAAGUUCUUCUCAUUCUACAACAUGUACGUGGUGACUCAGCGGGCCAAGUACGCCCAGAGCCAACCGCUCUUGCACCAGCUCCACCAGAGGUUCCACACCAUUCGCUACGUGUUGAAGGAGGACAACGGCCAGCUUCCCCGCAUGUGGCUCCACUUCUUCAGGGACUGGCUGCAAGGACUCCAGCAGGCAUUUGACAAAGACUGGGAGGCCGGCCACAUCACCGUCAACAGCUACAAGAAUGGUUCUGAUGAUGGCGUCUUGGCUUACAAACUGUUGGUGCAGACGGGACGCAGGGACAAACCCAUCAACUUCAGCCAGCUGACUCGACAGAGACUCGUGGAUGCAGAUGGGAUCAUCAAUCCUGGGGCUUUUUACAUCUACCUAACCGCCUGGGUCAGCAAUGAUCCUGUCGCUUAUGCUGCCUCACAAGCAAACAUCCGUCCACACCCUCCCGAGUGGCUCCACGACCGGACUGACUCCAUGCCCGAGACACGUCUCAGCAUUCCUGCUGCCGAGCCCAUCGAAUAUGCACAGUUCCCCUUCUACCUCAACGGGCUCCGAGAGACCCCGCAGUUUGUGGAGGCCAUCGAGAGCGUGCGAGCAAUCUGCAACAACUACAGCCAACAAGGCCUGCCCUCCUACCCCAACGGCUACCCUUUUCUCUUCUGGGAGCAGUACAUCAGUCUGCGGCACUGGCUUCUCCUUUCCAUCAGUGUUGUGCUUGCCUGCACCUUUCUAGUCUGUGCCCUGUUUCUGCUCAACCCGUGGACCGCUGGCAUCAUAGUGCUUGUGCUCUCUCUCAUGACUGUGGAGCUUUUUGGCUUCAUGGGACUGAUGGCAAUCAAGCUGAGCGCCGUCCCUGUGGUCAUUCUCAUUGCCUCGGUGGGCAUUGGAGUGGAGUUUACGGUCCAUGUAGCUCUGGCAUUCCUGACAGCUAUAGGGGAUCGUCACAAACGGGCAGUGCUGGCACUAGAGCACAUGUUUGCUCCGGUGCUGGAUGGCGCCUUCUCCACUUUACUGGGUGUCUUAAUGCUCGCAGGCUCUGAGUUCGACUUUAUCGUCAGGUAUUUCUUUGCAGUGUUAGCCAUCCUGACAGUUCUUGGAGUCCUGAAUGGAUUGGUCCUUCUCCCAGUAUUAUUGUCAUACUUUGGACCUUAUCCAGAGGUUUCACCCACUGAUGACCGAAGUCGGUUACCCACUCCCUGCCCAGAGUCCCCUCCUCGAGUGGUCCAUUUCUCGGUCCGUCCACACCAAACUUCUGGACCUGUCACGAACUCUGGUGCAGCCACAGACUCGUCAGACUCAGAGUACAGCUCUAAUGCCACAGUGUCUGGAAUAAGCCAAGAGGUACAGAACUACAACCUUUACCCUCACAGAGGACAAACUCAACCAGAGGAGCAGCACCACCACCUCCGGACCAGCAGGGGCAGAGUGGCCCGGCCAGAGGAGGAAAGAAGAGUGGGGUCAGGACAACGGCAUUCACCGAGACAACAGCCUGACCCCCCAGCCUAUACUGUGUCUUCGUUUGUUCCUUCUCAGGGUUGUGACUCUGGUCUCCAGCAUGGCAAUACUCAGCGAAACUGCAGCAGGGACCCCAGGGGCCAGCAGCACUGGCAGGCCUCGCCCCCGGCCCAACCGCGCAUGGACGCUUUUGAAACUGCAACUGAGGCUGGGGGCCAUCACACCUCUCGCAGUUACAGAGAACACUCAGCAGGCCACAGCAACCAUUCUUCCCACAACUCACAGCCUCAUCAUCACCAACAGCAUCAUCACCACCUCCCGCACCAACACACCAACAACGCUCCUUUUUGUCAGCCCAUCACCACAGUAACGGCAUCAGCCUCGGUCACUGUGGCCGUUCACCCUGUGCCAUUUUCCACCCAAGGUCCAGCUUCCUCCUUUCCAGAAUACACGGGAACAGACAGUUACUACCCAUCGGGGCCAGAGGAGUCAGAAUCGGCUUUCCAAGACCCCCACGUGCCUUUGUACACCCACACAGGGGGUAGGGAGGCUAAGGUGGAAUCUGUGGAGCUUCAGGAUUUGGAAUUAGAGGCAGCUGACACGAACCAUGGCCAACAGGCUAGCUGAGAUCUGGGGAAGAGAAGCACUAUGGCCAAAGAUGAACUCCCCUGUCUUGCUAAGCAGUUGACCAGCUUGGCACAACCCCACAUCUGACCCCAUGUAGCGUAAAAGCUUGCCAGUGUUGCCAUAAUGGUGCUCAAUGUUACUGUAACACAGUGGACUCUUGUUUUAGAUAUUUCUAUCUAUAUUUAAAAGAUUUAUACAUAUGUAAAUAUAAACAAAUAGUUGGUAUAAUUUUUAGGAGCUGUACAACUCCUACUUGUUAAUAGACUGGGGCUGUAUAUGUUGUAGGUGUGUAUGGAUGCAUGAAUGUGUGUGUAUUUUGAUUACUGUUCACUUCUCUGUGGAUCUGUGCCAAUAGGAAGCUCAAUGUAGGACAAACAUGCCUGUCAGCAUUCACAGUUGCUGCUCAGAACUUUAUUUUUUUUAUACUAAUGUACAUUUUUAACACUAUGCAAAUCUCUCUUCAAACAGAACCAGUGAUCUGUCAAGGUAUAUGAGUGUGUGUGGGUGUGUCUGUGUGUCAGGUUGUGUAAUGUGAAACAGCUCCAUUCACCAGAUUCAUCCUCAGUUCAGACUAACAUUUACACUCAUUUAAAACAUGAGGGAAACUGUUAGAAACAUCCAACAAAGCUAUGGUAUAUCUGUUUGUGUGUGUUUUUAUUAUUGUAUAAAGGUACGCUUGUAAAACUAUUAAUUUUUUUAUCACAAACCUGUGGUAGAUAUGAAAGAAUUACUGUUUUAACUUGACACGCUAUGCGUGCUAUUUAAAAUGAGUUGGUAUGAAGACAUUUUAAGAUUUAUUUUUUUUCCUUUUUUUAUUUUAGUUACGGCCUUGAAACCUGUUUCUGCACUCAGCUAUGUAUCACUGUCUGUUAGGCUGGUUGUAUUUUACUGUAAGAGGUUUUGUGAUGUUAAACAACCCUGGCAGGCUCACACAGGUUCUGAGCAACCUCAGAACCCACCUCAGAAAUUAACUCUUACCUUUUACAGGGACCUUCACGUUACUGAUUCUGGAACAGGGUCAAAAAAACAAGGUGCUACCUCUGCACCUUAUAAAGUGGCUUUGUCUUGUGGAUAAGCUAAAGCUCAAACUAAUACUGUAUGACCCAACUCAAAAUGGCACUUGACUGUGUUUCAUUCACAGGAAUAUAUCUCGCUUGAAGUAGCUCUUUCUGUCUAUCCAAUAAGCUAGACCAUGCAGCCUUCGAAGGGCUCAGACCAAUAAGGCCUCAUAUUUUGCUGUGUGCGUUUGUGUGUGUAGUGGUUUUCUUCACAACUCCUGUCCUCUGCCUGGAUCUGAGACCCCCCUUUAUUUUAUGACAAUAAAGACAACUGGUCAUGGUUUGGCCACAGCUGUCCCCACUGACCUCCGCUCUUAAAAAUCCACAGCAUAAGGCCAUGACACUAAUUGGAUGUCUCCACUCAGCUGCUAAAUUGCACAAGCCUGAGCCUUAUGGGGGUGGAUGAGGAAGAAUCGGGUCUUUUUUUUUGUACCCCACCUUCACCAGAUAUGGCUUGCUGGUGUCAGUGCCAACAGGCGUACCUGUACACUUCUUGGGCCCCUUUGGUCUCUUUCCAUAACAACCUUUUCUUACACUCCGACUCAUUCUCGAACAUUCAUAGGUUUUUUUCUCCUGUUCACUGAGCUGUGGUGGUUCUCAAAACCCUACACUCCUCUGUUUUAAUAUCAAGUUUUUGUGAUGUAAAAACAUUGGUCAUGGUAAAUAUUUCAAAACCUUUUCCUCAUUCAAUGUGACAUUACAACUAAUAAAGAAUCUAAUCUGUAUGAAGGGAAACAGCACUCCAAUAACGUGGUUGUAUAAACCAAUACUUCAUUUUUUGUACUUAGUCUUCAUUGGCAGGAGUCUGUAACUGUCCCCACAUCUCAACCUGGUAAUUGUAGUGCACUCUGCUUGACAAAAGUUCCCCAAAUUUAUCACAAUAAACAGACAUUUUCUCCCCCUUCAGAUGAUCUCACAGAUUUUGUCAGAUUUUGCUCUGAACUAUAGUGAGGCAAUUCCAGUGCUUUAAUUUCCCUCUUAUAAAAUAACAUAAUUCUGUCACUGAUUCAAAUAUGUGCAUGGACUCAAUAAGAGGAAAGAAAAUGCACUCAUCUUUUCAUUAGAUUUGGAGAAAUGAGCAGUUACUGUAAAUUCCCAGCUGUGCCAUAUUUUCUCCAGCUGUUGCUAUAGUGUGCUCUGGUACCUAUUUAAUGCUGUGGGAAUUGUUUAUAGCCUUCCCCUGAGUGAUACCUUUUAAUGCUGAGAAAAUUUGAAUCGUCUGUAACCUCCCCUGUGCAAACUGUGGCUUUAGCUAAAGUUGGCAAAUGAACAGGCAAUCCUUCUAGGGGCUCUAAAAUGUAAUUUUGUGUAAAUAGAUUCACUGUA